ACAAGUGCAUUUCGAUCUGUAAAGUCGGCAUCCCUCGUAUGACGCUUCCAAGGGUGACAAGUAGAUGCAGAUAGGCUGGGCUUGUGACGCCGGAUCUAGAUGUGAAUAGUCCGCGGAGUGAAAAAUGUUGCAACUGUACUAUGCUUACUUCCUCUGGAAACGUCCCUUUCUCCCAUUACUUCUUCUUUUUCACCAUCCUGACUCUGGUCCAUGUUUAUCAUAACGUGAAACAGCAUGAGAUAAAAUCCCUCACUCCCAGUCCUCUAGCUCUUUAUUCUCAUCCACUCCCUGGUUAUCCUCCCGCUUCACAACACUCCCUCACGAACAACCGCACAAUGGCAGACCAAAACGCAAAUCCCGUCGAAAGUGAGGCUGCAGCUUCUUCCGAAAAUCAAAGCUACACGAAGAACGACACUAAGGUAGGAGCCAAGGAGGAAGAAGCGAAAGUAAAUGCGGAUUCGCAAGCAACGAAGAAGCAGCAGCCAACGUCGAUUCGACAAAGGGUCGAGCUAGAUCCCGUAUCGACGAAAAAGCCAGUCAAACCCAAGCCUGGGCAUCGUGUUGUAGAUGUGAGGACCGCGGAGGAAACAGCCGAGUAUCAGAAGCUGUGAGGUCGCGAGGAAAGUAGAGCGGAGAUGGGGGAAUGAGGGGUGGACGAGGGCUGGACGAGGGCUGGACGAGGGCUGGGUAGUUAGCGAAACUGGUGUCUGGGUGGCGCAUUGAAAGUCUUCAAGCCGGUGAUUGUUAGAUAAGAUCGGAGUUUGCAUAUUAAGUUGACAGCCUCCCGGUUGGCGUUCGAAUCCCGAGGUGAUGUUCGGAUAGCGCGUUG